CCCUCCAAAAAGGCUGAAUACUUAUCGAAAUGGUGAUACCAGCCUCCCAGGCUUCACAAGGACAGGGUGACACAGAUCACAGAUUUUCUUAUCUUCUUCGUCCUAUCCGAGACUUGGCAAAAAAUUGGAAUGUGGACAUUGCGCAUGAACUGGAGGAUUUCUUAGAUGAGGUCGAUCAAAUCAGUAUAUCCUUCGAUGGCGGCUCAACCAUCAUGAACUUUGCUGAGGCAGCACUGCUUGUCCAGGGUUCUGCGUGUGUCUACAGCAAGAAGGUCGAGUACCUGUACUCCCUGGCGUACCAAGUCCUCGACCUUGUCAGCUGUAAAAAAAAACUAAACCAGAAGGCAUCUGUUGAUAGGCAAGGAAAUGAUAAGGACACAACAUUCCGUAAUGAUGUGGAGGAGGACUUCUUAUCUCUUGAUGACAUCACAGAACAUGGCAAUACAGACCUCAAGAGAGGCAUCGAUGGGAAAGCGACAAUUCAAGACUUGCCGAAUACACCUUUGGUUCUAAUCAAGCUGGAUGCUGAUAUGAAGGGAGAGAAUUCAUUACUAAGUCGAAAAGGUGAAGUUUUAGGCAAUAAGAAUGACUUCAAGAUGAAUACUUCCAACCUUCACAUGACUGGCACCAUGAUGUUAGACUUGACACACCUUGCUCUCCUGGAGGCUACCAUACGACACACGUUUACAACGCCGCAGACGUUAUUACAAGAAGAUCAGGAGAUAAACCGGAGUGGAGCGAUAGAUAUGGAUGUGUUGCUAGGUGAUCCGACCAUAGAACCCAUGGAUGCUCAAAACGACAGUGCAUGCGGCGAUGACCUUGGAGGCUUUGACGAUGUUGAUGGCAUUGCAGAGGAAAAUCCGAUAGUUCUGGUGGCAAACGUUGUCACAGAUGAAAAGCAGGAAGGACAAGAGCAAAUGAUGCGCAGAUCCGAAAGGACAAAAAAACAAGUUGUAUUAUUUGAGGAACGACGGCCACUAAAAAUUGUCCAUAAUCACUGGGACAACCAGAAUCCCCACUCGGAUAUUGUCCAAGAGAAAAAAUUUAACAAAAAGUCUAAAACGAUCAAAGUGCCGCCGGAACUGGCUCAGGAUACUGCCAAACGAAAACGUAAAAAGACGCCGGCUCUUCCUGCCAAGGAAAACAAACUGCCACCACUAGGAGAAUUUGUUGCAACUGCAUUCUUCUCUCACUCCUCCAAGUUCCCAAGAAAUCCUCUGAAGGUUCCAUCCUACCCAGAGUUUGAGACUCUCUACUGGGAAGAAUACAAGAAAAGACAGACCAUGCACAGAAAAGAAGCAAAGAUGUUGGUUCAACAAGGCCGAUUCGACGAACUUGAAGACUUGGAAGAUGAGGAUAUCGCACCACAGCCAGGACUCGGAGAUGGAGCUGCAGAUGAUGAUGAUGACAACGAUAACUAUGGAUUCGACCAACCAGUCGAUCCAUUCCCUGAUGAUGUCCUCGGCCUUUUGGAUGACGGGCCAGAGUAUGAGGAUGCUGUCAAGGGAUCAGGGUUUGAGUAUUCAGCUACACAGAAUACAUCCUUGGUAAAGACAUAUGAAGAUUUGGUCAGACAACACGUGGAGAGUUAUAUCAGCAGUGCUCAGCAAUAUGCCCAGAUUACAGAGCUGUCUCGGCGAGUCAGUGAGUGGGAAGAAAAAAUAUUACCAAAAUUAGAACAGGAGGAGGAGAACGGUGUGUUCGACAUCCAUCGUUACGGGUCAUCCGUCUUGGACUCCUUCUGUGAGGACGACUCGCCUUUUGGAGAAGACGAAAAAAUGCCGUUCCGUUAUAUUGCGCAGGGGAAGAACGUUCCAGAUGUGUGUCGGUUGUUUGCUGCUACUCUGCAGCUGGCAAACAACUACAAUGUAGAGAUUGUAACUGAAGGCUGUCUGGACGAAGGCAUUGAUACCAUGGCUUUGCGGUUACUCUCGACGAACCGCCACCAUGAGGCACUCCAGGGAUACAGGGCGCCAUCUAUAGAAGAGUUCUGAGUGAGAUUUACAGCUGGAAUUGCAAUGUUGAGAAUUUAUGAUCAUUGCUAAUGAACAAUACAUUUGCUCUUGAAACAAGGCUUUUGACUUGAGGUCCCAACAAUACAGUCUUUUGUUAUGAAUAAAUAGGUCAUCUACUGUAUAUUGAGUUUAUGACUUUGCAUGCAGUCAUGCAUGUCCUUGG